AUGAGGGAUUUUCAAUGCUCUUGUGAAAAUGCCAAAUUAUAAGAGGAUUGUUUAAGUGAUUAUUGUACUUGGGAUGCUAAUUCAUCAUCAUGUUCAAACAAACCUUGUUCAUCAUUUGGGGAAAAUGAUUGUGAAAAUGUUCUUGCUCAACUUAACUGUGUUUGGAGUUACCUAAAUGAUGCUUGUGAAGCUUUUACAAAAUGUUCUGACUAUAGCUUCAAAAGUGGGGAUGGCAUUUACUGUUAUAGUUUGAAUGGAUGUUAAUUAGAUGUUACUUCAAUUGACAAUAAAGAGGGAGGAGUUAAAUGCAUGGAAAGAACAUCCAAAAUUGCUUUUAGUGUUGCCAGUUGUGAUAAAGUAGAAUAUGGUGUCUGUAGAUGGCUUGUAACUUCAGAUGGUAAAUAAUGUAUUGAUAAUAAAUCAACAUCAACUUGUGAUAUAUUAACAAUUACUUCAUGUUCUGAUUAUAAAGACGCAGAAUAUUGUAAUCGAUGUGCUUGUUAUUGGGAUGAAUUUUGCAAGCCUUUAACUUGCUCGAUGUUAACUAAAGAGGAAUGUAACUAUUUCUACUCAUUUGAUUCUAAAUAAGUCACUUGA